AUGUCGACCCACCAAAAAAGUGCCCUCCAACAAGAAGUUGUUGAAUCCCCGGAUGGCCAAGGAGCCCUACUCAAAGAAGAAGAGGAAAAGUUUUGGAAGGAAUUGCAAACUCUCCAAGCUCAAGCACCACCAAAGCAUCAAGUAGAGCCCCAACCAGAAGAACCACAGAAGAAGAUCAAAAUCUCGGAUAUUCCUGAAGUUGUGUUGGAAGAGGAUGAGGAUAUCCCGGACGGUCAAGGUAUUCUUCUGGAGCGUCAGGCGGCACUGUUUGCUGCGGAGUUGGAGAAACAAUUCAAUUAA